GAAAGUACACAGCCUCCGCGCUUGCAGUGGUGGUUGUGCUUCAGUCUCUUUCUCCUUUUAAUUCUUUUUUUAAUAUCAACUACCUCGACGCUGGAAUUUUGUGCACCGCAGUUGUUGCUGACUUUUCGUUGAUUGAGGUACAUCGGGAGAAACAUGAGGCUCGCGUUCGUCACACUGCUGGGGCUGUGCUUAAUAGCUGUUUGCAGGUCAGCCGAGGAGGAUUACGAGUACGAGGAUGAGCCAGCUCCUGUCCCAGUCACCCCAGCCCCUUCCAAACCCGCUGGCAGACUCGGCGGACUAUUAUCCCCACGUGCCAGAGCACCUGUUGGCAGAAAAGCCACUCCGGCAUCGACAACACCAAAGCCAGUUGAGCAACCGGUUGAAGAGGAGUUCGACGAGGGUGAAGAGGUGGUGGACGAGAAUCAAGAGCCCGAGGAAACUCCGACCACCACCACUGAGACAUCUAAAAAACUCCGGGCCGGAGGUGUUAGGCCGUUCAGAUCGAACGAGGAUCUUCUAGCUGCUCUCAAACGACGAAGGGCUGAGGUGGGAACGCAUAAGAAGGAACACCCGACCACGCAGGCGUCUUCAGAUUCUUCACCCCCAAAAUCAAAAGCCUCAGGUCGUAAAACAAACGAAUCAACGACGAGAGCCCCAGCCAGAGGCAGAUUUGGUGGCAGCACAAGAGGAAAAAAUACUGAAGAAGUUCAAGAGACCCAGCAUGAAGAGAUCCAAGUCAAGCCCAAGCCCUACCGCCGAGGUUGAAUAAAUCACAAUUAAUUGCCAACAAAUUUCAAUCGCUUCUUCCAAAUAAUUCAAUUGAAUUCAAAUCCCCGAGACUCAACUCAAUCCGUCCCACACUGAGUCCUGUAAACUCUGUCAUCGCCUAAUUGUGACUCAUUCAGCAGUUUGAUUAUCGUUUAUUUUUUUACCGUUUUGUUUGAAUUCUCUGUCCUCCCAAGAAUAUCAUGUGAUAGAUCCCUUGAACAUUCGGUUGAUCGAUUCUAUUAAUUUUGGAGAUCAUUACUACUAUCAAUGUGAUAGACGUUUCUAGUAAUUUCGACGUCGUACGAUGCAAUUCUUACUCGCCAACAACAGAUUCCCUUGUUUUUUAAAUAGAGGACGUUAUCAUGUACAUAAAAUGAUUAAAUUACCGUCCAUUCUUUUUUUAAUAUUAAUGAUAAAUUUUUGUAUAAAUGUAAAUUAGUGAUAGUGAAAAAACAAAUUAAUUCCCACAAAAAAAAUAAAUAAAUGAAAAUGUCUUGGAAUUCAA